AGGUGAAAUGGGCCAAGCCCAGGAGCAAGAAAUACCACUACCAAGCAAAACCCUAAACCCUGAAGACGGCAUCUGCAGUAUAAAAUCCUAAAAUCCCGUUCAGCGAGACGCUCACCCCUCCGCCCUCACCAACGCUGCUCAUCGUCUAUCUGGUGUCCCUUGUGACCACCAAAAUGCGAAACCCAAAGGUGUUCUUUGACAUUGUAAUUGGAAGGAUGAAAGCUGGUCGAGUAGUGAUGGAGCUAUUUGCAGAUGUCACCCCGAAGACAGCUGAAAACUUCCGAUCUCUCUGCACUGGUGAAAAGGGGAUUGGCGCAUCUGGGAAGCCUUUACAUUACAAAGGGUCCACAUUUCACCGAAUUAUUCCGCAGUUCAUGUGUCAGGGAGGAGAUUUCACUAAAGGAAAUGGAACCGGAGGGGAGUCCAUUUAUGGCUCGAAAUUUGCUGACGAGAAUUUCAAGCUGAAGCAUACGGGGCCUGGUAUUCUCUCUAUGGCAAAUGCUGGUCCUGAUACAAAUGGUUCUCAGUUCUUUAUAUGCACAACGAAGACUGAAUGGCUCAAUGGAAAGCAUGUUGUAUUUGGAAAAGUUGUCGAUGGCUACGGUGUAGUUGAGGAAAUGGAGAAAGUGGGUUCACAGAGUGGGAGGACCUCGGAACCAGUUGUAAUUGAAGAUUGUGGUCAGAUAGCAGACAACUGAUGUUGAAUGUUUGAUUUAUUGUAACAAGCUGUAAUAAGUUGUAUAAUCACCAAAUGAUAAGGCGGUUUUUGUGCCUGGUGUCUUCAUUUAUCAAUUGCCUUUUCUGUUUUUUA